AUGGCUAUCACCAAGAAAAAUUUAGUUGCAUUUGCUCUCACCAUCCUCUUUAUCAUAUCUUUUGUCCAUUGCCGUACCUCUGAUAGCACUACUGGUUUUGGCAUAAAGGAGAGUGAUUAUACUUGCUACACAUUAGCUCCGUGUGUAGGUGGAGGGGAAAGAGGCUGUACCGCGUUUUGUACGAGGAUGCAUCUGAAACCAGGGCCAGGCCAAGGCCGUUGUAAUGCUGACAACAUAUGUUGUUGUGCUAUCAAUUAA